UUCGAACAAUAUUACGAAUAUUACGAAUAUUAAUAGCUCUACUCAUCGAAAUCGAUCGAGAACAAUAAGAUAUUGGGAUAAAUUUUCGUUUUAUUAUUUCAACGAACGCAUAAGAACUUUUACAUCGAAGAUGCCACGGAAACGUCGAGCGUCGACACCAUCGUUGGAAUGCGACGAAGAAGAAUUCGCGUCGGAGGAAAAAUUUAGCAAAGAAGAUAUGGAUAGCCGAGCCCCAAGAAACGCAGCUAAUGCUCGUGAGCGUGCAAGGAUGCGAGUUUUAAGCAAAGCAUUUUGCAGAUUAAAAACAACCCUUCCUUGGAUUCCACCAGAUUCGAAACUCAGUAAACUCGAUACUCUUCGUCUUGCUGCAACCUACAUCGCUCAUCUUCGUGCCGUUCUCAGAGAUGACGGAGAUUCUCAUCCAGAAACGACGAGAUCGUUGUCCUUGGCUUUGUCAUGGCCUUUUGCUAUCCAAGGAACAAAUGCUUCGAUGUUGAUGAACAACAGUUGUAACAUGUCAUCCUCGGCUUCUGCCAGUUCUAAUCAGUAUCGGGGACAGCAAGGAAGCAACGAUAUUCAAAACUUCCAUCACAGUGGACACCAAAAUGCUUCCAUGCGUCACAAUCAUACUCACAAUCACGAGGCACAACUCUCAUAUUUCUAAUCCUACUUUUCGAACGACUGAUUCGAAAAGUUUAUCGAUAACGAAAUCGUGCCUUUUAACGAGAGAAGAAUCCAAAAAAAAAGAAAUAAAAUAAAAUAAAUGUAUGUUGUGCACACAUUCACGGCAAUUUACAACCUAUUUAUUUAAAAGUGCCUUAUUGCUCUAUCUCUUCUCUCUCUUUCUCUCUCUCUCUCUCUCUCUCUCUCUGUGUUAUUUAUUAAAUUACUAUUAAUAUGUAAAAACCAUUAUGAUGUGCCAUGGAUAAUUAUUGUUGUAAUUGUAACCAAAACAUGCGAACUAGUCGAAUAAAAUCUUUUUAUCAAUCGAAAAUUCUACUUUUUGUUUCGUAACUACUCGUAAGAAAUAAAUACUUUUCGAUAACUGUCCUUAGUAUAAGAGCUAUAUCCGGAAAGUAAAAGAGGAAGGAUAUGGUAACGUAAGAAGGAAAGAAACUCGAAGUAAAAUAAACAGUACGAAGAACCUUUUGUGUAA